UGGGAUUCAUACUGUCGGCUUGUGCACAUCAAAACAAAACCACUCAGCCGUGGAAAUCUGUCUAACCCCAGGAAGAGACGCUUGGAGGAGGGGGAAGUUCCUUAGCCACACAAUGACCUUGACAUUCAGCACAGCGAAUAAGUAUUCCCCACAGCACCAGAUACACCAAGUGUUAUUCGGUUCAUAGUUUCUUAUUGACGUCAAGAGGAAGCAGCAAACCAACAUUUUGUUUUUACACCACUGACUGAGAAGAGAGGGGGAGACGAAGACUAACCCAGUUGGAUGAUUUAAAGGAGCCAUGGCAUUCCGAAGUCUCUUCCUUUAUACCUUGAGUCUGCCCGUCCUGGUGCAGAUGCCCAGCAGCAGAGCCUGCAGGACUGGAUUGGGGUCAGAGUGUGAGAAAGCCCCCUUUGUGCCCGGCUACAACCUGGCAGGGGAGGGCUUCGACGUGGUCAGGAUGCGUCGUAAAGGGGCUUACGUCAUCAACGUCAAAGCCCACCUGUCUGACAACCACACAUGUAUUCUCUGUGAGAACCGCUUCCAGAAGGGACAGGUCCAGAGGUUGCCUUCUGCCGUGCUGGACUGGCGUCCAUUGAGCCGCUGCAGCAAGCAGCUGUCCAGUGCCCUGCACCACUCGGUGGACUCCUUGCUACGUAGCUCCAGCUCCCUCAUCAACAACAACUGGGGUAUGGACCUGAGGCUAGAGACUUACGGCAAGGCAGUGCUGGGGGGCAGCCGCUCCGAAAUGGCCAAGUUUGCCAGAUCCCAGCACAGUGUGGACAAGGCCACCUUUGCCACCCAUGAGAUCAGCUGUACAUACUACAGUUACAGGCUGGCAGACCAUCCGGACCUCAGCGUUGAAUUUGCUAAACAUCUCAAGAGACUGCCACAAGAGCUUGACAACAAGAGCAAAUUGCUGUACCGGAGGAUGAUCGACACGUACGGCACUCAUUACAUACGUCAGGUGCAGCUGGGUGGUAGGGUGAGGCGCGUCACCGCCUUUCGCACCUGCCUGGCCACCCUGAAGGGCUUCUCAGAGUCCGAGAUAAAGACCUGCUUAAAUGUUGAGCUGAAAAUGGCCUUAGGCUUCCUCCCAGCAAACGCGUCCUUCUCCAACAAAUGUGACAACCUCAUAAAGGGGAACAUGAGCAUGGGUUUCUACCAGGGCUUUAUGACCCACAAGAUUGAGGUUCUAGGAGGGGAAAAGUAUUUCCCCGAUAUCUUGUACAAUCAGGAACCGUCCGAAGCAUACCAUAGCUGGAUGAACAGCUUGCAUGAUAAUCCAGACGUGGUCUCCUAUGCUAUCUUCCCCCUGCACAACCUGGUUGAUGAUCCAGAGGUUAGUGCCAACCUGAGGAGAACGGUGACAGAGUACAUUGAGGAGAACAAGCUUCCUGUAGACCAGGGGGAAUUCAAAACCUGCUCCCCGACCCCUAACCUGGAUCACAACUGUUGUCCUCUACGGGCAGGCCGCGGGAAUCUCAGGGUAAUGGUCCACAGAGCCGCAGGUUUGAGAGCAGAUACCUUCACAAAGACUGAUGGCUAUGUUAAAAUAUGGUACAAUGGCAUGUAUGAGGAGACAGAUACUGUCAUGGAUGAUAAUGAUCCGGUAUGGAAUGUCACGUACAACUUUGGCUCAGUGGAGUUUGGUCAUCAGCUGCUGUUUGAGGUUUGGGACAGAGACGUGCUUUACAAUGACAUGGCAGGAAGAUGUUUGGUCUUCCCUGAACGAGGAACUCAUUCACACAGCUGUCAGCUAAAGAAAGGGGUUCUGCACUUCACUUACAGCUCUGAAUGUGACGCCCACUUAACAGGCUAUAGGUGUGGACGGUACUCUCCUAGUACAUAAGGUUUUGGAUCGAAAAUACACCUGGGUCUUAUUCAUUAGUGCACACCGUAUCAAAUUAUUUUGCAACGGGGGGAAAAAACAAGCAUUUCUUAUUUGACAUUAAUAAAUGUUGACGUGUUCCAAACAUGGCCUGUAUCAAUAAUUGGUGUUUAUUUUAGAAUGAGGCAGGGAUUCAAUGCAAAGCGCAUUUUGGAGUGUUGCCAUUAAAGUAAACGAUCCCGUUUCCGUUCACAGAGAUCACAGUAUCAGUAACAGAUGCAAACGUCGGCUAAUUCGGAAAUUAUCUUUAUAAUGUCAAGCAUGCUACAACGUGCCUCGGGGUUGAAUCCUUAGUCAGUCUUUGUUUAUUCCUGUAUCUAUUGUUUACUUCGAAAUACAUGGCAAUAAAGUAGAUUAACCAAAGUA